UCAAAUAAAACUGCGAUCGCUGCCGUCUCCACCUAUGGAUCGCUUCCGGCCAGUGUUACUUUACGCGUUCUCUAUGCUGUGUCAUUUAUCAUUGACGGCCGUUACUGAAUCUCGAUACCACGGUAUACCACGGUAGUUAGUGACAGAUAAUAACGAAGUCACGGGUCUCGAUACGAUGCCCAUUUUCAGACGCGAGAACCAUCGAAUUUUCCCGAUAAUCAAUUUUCGAGAGAGAGGAACUCGUGAUCGCGUUCGUAUCUCUCGAGUCGGUUGACCUUAUCACGCUUGCCAGAUUAGCGUCAAUCGUUUUGAUGAGUGUUGCUGCCAGUGUCAGUCAGCAGUGAACAUAUUCCGUGCAUCGUCUGGAAAAUGAUGGUCACCGUGGUCCAGGCGAAGCUCGCGUCGAUGAUCAUCAUCGGCGUUGGCAGCUUUGUCGUUGGUGUUGCACCGGUGUGUUUUGUUUCACGCGUGAGAUAUCUUCAACAGAAGCUCCUUCUCUCUUGCACACUGUGUUUUGGUGGUGGCGUUCUGUUCGCAACUUCUAUUCUGCACAUGUUACCGGAAACACGGGAAUCUAUGUCUAAACACGCAGAACUACUUUUUUCAUGCGGAUUUCUUCUCCUGUAUCUUAUAGACGAAUGUGUCCAUUAUUUUUGGGGCAGUGAAGACCAGCAUGUUCCGCAGGAACAUCGUUACGAAAACUCGAACUGGAAUAAUGGAAACCAGGCGGAGCGAUGCCGGAGUCACUCGCAUCAAGUGAGCUAUAACACGGGCACGCGGACUGUCAGAGGGGUCCCCAAUGCCGACUUUAAUACGUCUUAUCAGACGAGUCUAGACGGAAACGGAAUGAACAGCAACUGGGAACGCGAAGGUUACGGAGCGGUACAAUAUACACCGACCGCGCCACGUCAUUAUAACAACGAAGGGACGUUUUUAUGCCAUGGCAAUCAUUCAGAGCCGUGCUCAGAUUCCAAUACCAACAUCAUGGGACUUUUAUUGGCGCUCACGGUCCAUGCUGUCCUCGAAGGACUGGCGGUUGGCCUGCAAAAGGCUACGUCCGAAGUAUUUUUGUUAGUCGGAGCAGUAGCUUCCCAUAAGUUCGUCGUUGGAUUCUGUUUAGGAUUAGAAUUAGCCGGAGCUAAUAGCACUCUUUUUAGGCUCGUAAUAGCAAUCUUUGUAUUCUCCGCUGGGUCUGCAGUUGGUAUAGGAGUCGGAAUGUUAACGUUCAAAAUGCAGAAUAAGUGGACAAACGUAGCUGUACCGAUUCUUCAAGGUUUAGCAGGUGGAACGUUAUUGUACGUAACGGUUAGCGAAAUUUUGCCAAGAGAGAGGGCGAGAUGGCACAAAAAUCUGCGACGAUCCGCCGGCGUUUUGCAGCUCUUGUCCGUGAUUCUUGGCUUCGUCGUUAUUUACCUUUUGAAUAACUACGUGGCAACGUGAAUUUACAAUUUUACUUUUAGCUAUUUGAUAGAAAAAAUAGUUCAACAAACGAAAUGCAACAGUAGCGUAUCAAGAACUACAGGGGAAGAAAAAUGUUACGCGAGCUUCUCUGAAAUAAAUUUACCUGAGAAGCUAUCUUUAUUUAGAUUCAAAUACAAGUUUAACGUACACGGAAUAUCGUGACGAAAAAGAGAUAUGGAGAGCUGGAGCAAUUGAACGAGGAGAGACAAAAGAGAAAAGAUAACGCCCUUUAAAAUGUUGUAUAAAAAUAGAAUGUUGCAACGAAAUCGAUAAAAUGUUUUAAUUCUCGUUUGUUCUAUUUUUUUGCACGUUCACAGUUUGUUGUUUAAAGAGUAUAGAAUACAAGUUACAGUACCUGCAGCUUGGAUGUUUGCGAUGAAUUUAUGAAAGGAUUUCCAGAAUUAUGUAGGAUAGAAUUUUUAUUUUUUAUAAAGUAAAAUUACGUGUAGUUUUAUCAAGUUGGUGUUUACCAAAUAUUAUAGGCAUGAAAUUGAAGUUCAUUCGUCAAGUUACCAUACAAAAUACAAUUAUUUUUGUAUCACGUUUUUUCAUUAAUUUUCAUAAAAAUGAAUCAUCGAAAUCAACGACAAUAAGAAUAAUACGAAUUACUAAUUACAGAUAACGAAUACAAUUAGCGAAAUAGACUAUUAGCAUAUUCGCUCGUCAAUAAUCACCUAGUAAUUCGUUAAUGUUAACGAUCACGAUCACUAGCGUGAAUAAAAUCUACUAUUACUUUUAUUUUUAUACGUAUGCUUCCGCUUUAUAUAGCGAGAAUGUCUGAGUAAGUGAAAGAUCGAAGGGAAAAUUAAUAAAACCUAUGUCAUGAGAUCUGCAGCUUCAGCCCAUAAUUACAUAUACAUUACCGUUUAUAAAUAUCAGGACACUUACAGAAACUAAGAUAAGCGUAAAAGGAGAUAUUUAUUUAGAGUUAGCUUAUAUAAAAAUCUGGUCUACGAAUCGCCAAUCUUUUUUGAUUUUGCGCUGAAUUUACAAAUUAUUAAUCUUCCUUUGCAUAUCAACGGAAUCUCACGUAAUUCAAUAUUUAGCCGAAUGGCGUGGGGGUUAAUUUACCGCGAGUUACGCCACCGAUCAACUCCGCUAUCCUCUUCUAACUAUGCAACGCGCGCCCUAAUCUACGUUACAGGAAGCAUUUACCAUCGUGUUCAUUAGCAUCAAGUUGUUGCUGAUUCCUUGGCAAGAUUAGCACAAUCGAUUCGAUUAACGUCUACGACACGACGAACAACGAACAAGAUUUUACGCGAUAGCAAACGUGACAACGAGAGCUCUGCACAUCCAACGAAGCUUCGAACGAAUCGAAAGACGUAUCUCUGUCAUCGUCAAACGCAACGACGCGACGCAUUGAACGCGAAUUGUGAAUUAUUCGUUCUGUCACCACAGAGAUUGGGAAAGUGACGUAUCUUUAUUAGCAUCGUUGUCAUUUCCUCUUUCGUCAGAAGCUACCCCAUUGACAGAAUUUGACUAAUCGUUCGUUUUCAUCUCUUCUUUUAUCCAUUUGAUCUGUCCUAUUUCGUAUCUUUUUUUGUUCUUUUUUUUAUGUUUGUUUGAAAAGUGGCGUGAAAAUAUCGUAUACAUUUUUAUAUAAUUGAUUUUAUCUUAAAACAUGCAGGUUGCUUUUUUAAUACCUUUCUCUUUUACGCAUGUUUGUUUUAAUUAAUUACUCGCAGCUGCAUCAUAAGUAUCAUCGAAGUCACAAGUUUUAUACAUUUUCGAAAAUACUAAUCUGCUUCAAAAAUUGUUUUUCAAUUGUAAUAUAACGGAUAAUCGACCGUUUAACUAUUUCUAUGAUCUCUGCGAAAUAUCUGUAUUUGCAUCAAAUACGCUGUUUGCAGCUUAUACGUAUGUAUAUGCAUUUUCAGAUUGGUUUCAAACUUUAUCAAUAUGAUCAUUAAUAAUCAUUAGGCUGCCAAUGAAAUUUUAAAACGUAAUAUAUUCGUAAAACGCGUUUACAAAUGUUCGAAUAUUUGCCGUGAAUCGUCACAAGUAAACCGUACGUAGUGUCGUUCGAUAUCUUCGAUAGCAACUUCUCUGAACAAACGAAAGUUUAUCCAAAAUUCCCCUUAUCGAAAGUAUAAUCCGCAGGAGAGUAAAACUGUUGGAGGAAUUUUCUUGAAACUUCGCGAAAUCUUUUAUGCGGCUCACGUGGAGGGAGCACGAACGUUCUAUCGACUUUAAAUUCCCUAAUAAAGGAUCGGAACGCGAAUUCUCGCGAUAGCGUGGCAAGCAAGACGAUGACAGUGAACUUGAUCCGAUCUGAUAUCAUCGAGUAUCAAGAAACCGUGCUUAUCUUUCGCUAUAGUGACCCAACUUUCUGCCUCUGUCCGUGAGAGAAAUCAAUGCAUUUUGUCGGCGAAGAAAUAAACGGAGCUCGUGCAUUGAAUAUAUCUGCGAU